AUGAGGACAGCUUUUUACUGCCCGAUGGUCAACAAUUGCGAAAGAGUCAACAGAGUAUUGAUUACAUGCGUACGAGCACUGCUUAACGAGGAUCAUCGUGCUUGGGAUGAACAGCUUCCGGCAAUAGUAGCAGCAAUUAACAGUGCCAAACAUGAUUCAACAGGUGUCAGUCCUCACGUAGCUAAUUUUGGCCGUGAGUUGAUUCUCCAUACAGAUUUGUACACCCAACAAAACCUGAACACUCCAGAUGACCCUAACGUAGCACAGGACAUCCGGCUCUCAACGAUUCGUCGCAUCCAGGAGUUUGUGGUGCAGCAGAUUCGCCUAAAUCACGAGAGGACAAAGCAGCGAUAUGACUUGCGAACAAGAGCCGUAUCGUUCCAAAUAGGAGAUGUUGUCUGGCGCAGAAGCUUCACACUAUCAUCGAAAGUGGACCAUGUCAACCGGAAGUUAGACCCAAAAUUCAUCCCGGCAAUUGUGAGGGAGAUACGUGGAAGUAAUUUGUAUACUCUUGAAGACAUCGUCACAGGAAAACGUGGCCAGUAUCACGCCAAAGACAUAAAGGCCAACUAA